CUGCUAUCUUGGACGACCCCAUGGAGUGCAGCAGAGGAGAGCGGCUCUCCAUCACCCUGGCCAAGAACCGCAUCAACCGCAACCCUGAGAGGCUGGGCAAGGCCAAGGUCGAAGUGGACAUCUUUGAGCUUCUCAGAGACAGCGAGUACGAGACUGCAGAAACCAUGUGUCAGAUCCUCCCCAAGGGGGUGGUCGCCGUCCUGGGACCCUCGUCCAGCCCGGCCUCGAGCUCCAUCAUCAGCAACAUCUGUGGAGAGAAGGAGGUCCCUCAUUUCAAAGUUGCCCCAGAGGAGUUUGUCAAGUUCCAGUUCCAGAGAUUCACCACCCUCAACCUCCACCCCAGCAACACCGACAUCAGCGUGGCCGUGGCUGGGAUCCUGAACUUCUUCAACUGUACCACUGCCUGCCUCAUCUGUGCCAAAGCAGAAUGCCUUUUAAACCUAGAGAAGCUGCUCCGGCAAUUCCUUAUCUCCAAGGAUACACUCUCGGUCCGGAUGCUGGAUGACACCCGGGACCCCACUCCACUCCUCAAGGAGAUCCGGGACGACAAGACAGCCACCAUCAUCAUCCACGCCAACGCCUCCAUGUCCCACACCAUUCUCCUGAAGGCAGCUGAACUUGGGAUGGUGUCAGCCUAUUACACAUACAUCUUCACUAAUCUGGAGUUCUCACUCCAGAGAAUGGAUAGCCUUGUGGACGAUCGUGUCAACAUCCUGGGAUUUUCCAUUUUCAACCAAUCCCAUGCUUUCUUCCAAGAGUUUGCCCAGAGCCUCAACCAGUCCUGGCAGGAGAACUGCGACCAUGUGCCCUUUACUGGGCCUGCGCUCUCCUCGGCUCUGCUGUUUGACGCUGUCUAUGCUGUGGUGACCGCGGUGCAGGAGCUGAACCGGAGCCAGGAGAUCGGCGUGAAGCCCCUGUCCUGUGGCUCGGCCCAGAUCUGGCAGCAUGGCACCAGCCUCAUGAACUACCUGCGCAUGGUAGAAUUGGAAGGUCUUACCGGCCACAUUGAAUUCAACAGCAAAGGCCAGAGGUCCAACUAUGCCUUGAAAAUCUUACAGUUCACAAGGAAUGGCUUUCGGCAGAUCGGCCAGUGGCACGUGGCAGAGGGCCUCAGCAUGGACAGCCGCCUCUACGCCUCCAACACCUCGGACAGCCUCUUCAACACCACGCUGGUCGUCACCACCAUCCUGGAAAACCCGUAUUUAAUGCUGAAGGGGAACCACCAGGAGAUGGAAGGCAAUGACCGCUACGAGGGCUUCUGUGUGGACAUGCUCAAGGAGCUGGCCGAAAUCCUCCGAUUCAACUACAAGAUCCGCCUGGUCGGGGACGGCGUGUAUGGUGUUCCUGAGGCCAACGGCACCUGGACAGGAAUGGUCGGGGAGCUGAUCGCUAGGAAAGCAGAUCUGGCUGUAGCAGGUCUCACCAUCACAGCUGAACGGGAGAAGGUGAUUGAUUUCUCUAAGCCAUUCAUGACUCUGGGAAUUAGCAUUCUUUACCGCGUUCAUAUGACCGGUCACUUUCAGUGCCCAGGGUUCAGCUGCCAUGGUGUGCCCCAGUGUAGAACCUGCACCAUGAGCCUGCCCAACAGGAAAGGGACCAAGAGGUCACCCCACAUAGCUACUGAAGAAUUGACCCCUUCCCAAGCCCCAGAUUCCAGCCUUAGGGAAAAGAAGGUUGUCUACAUCUAUAGCCCCAUCCUGGGCUCCCAACCCCCAUGA